AUUCACGUGUAUAUCAGCGUCCAGCCAGUCGUACGAGAUGUUGCUGACUUCGAAAUUCUUCGAAGGUGUUCUAUACUCAACAUACUUAUGUUCAUCUAUAUCUCUGGUUUCGGAGUUUUGUCAUAGCGGUAUAAGAGACCAAGUGCUGCUAUUCAACAACAUGCAGUCAAGUUUGGGAAUGGUCGUGCUAUCUGCUAUGUCGUGGGCCAUUUUGUUAAACGAAUGGAAAUACACUUUCUUUGGAGGACGGUUUGUCCUCCACACAUGGAACAUUUAUUUGUACGCCAUGUCACUUUUCACACUGACGGCCUUUAUAAUGUUCAUAUUUGUGCCGGAGAGCCCUCAUUAUCUUAUAUCUCAAAACAAAUACGCAGAGGUCAGAGACGUAUUAACUAGAAUCUACAGAGAGAACCAUAGAAACAGUGGGGAUAAGUUUCCAUUCAAAGAUUUAUGGAAAGAUACAAUAACGAAUCAAGAAACGAAACUAAAGACACCAAAUAUAUCAUUUGCUAACAAACUGGUUGUUAGUCUUCACAAAGUGAAGCUUAUAUUUAAAAAGCCCCUUGUGUUUUACCUUAUUACUAUGAUUGGAAUCAACAGUGCGAUGUUGAUAAUCUACGAUGUUUUGAGACUUUGGUUGCCUCAAAUAUGGACUAUAAUUGAACAUACCAGCUUUGAGACCGACGAUGGACAAACUAGAGACAUUUGUCAACUGUUGGACUGCUAUAAUAAUAAUAUGACGAUAACUGAGAUUGAUAUUAAAAAUACUACCACUGAAUGUAUUCCAAACAAAAGUGGAUACCAGACGUAUUUACUAAAUAUGAUGGUGAAUGGGGCGUCCUGCAUAUCAUUAAUUUUGUCCAGUAUACUGGUCAAAAGAUUGGGCAAGAAGAUAUUGAUAAUCACAGCGUCAGUGCUAGCUUUUGUCACCCUUAUAGUUUUGAGAUGGGCCAGUUCCAAAAUUGCAGUAAUAGUACUGCUUACUACAGUCAUUUCGGUGUCCAGUGCACUGGUAAAUUUAAACAGGAUCAUGGUGGUUGAAUAUUUUCCAACAUCAUCAAGAACCUUGGCAGUGGCUACAAUGAUGAUUUUUGGUCGAAUGGGUACAUUGUCAGGCAAUAUUGGGUUCCCUAUAUUGCUUAAAAUUGACAGUACUUUACCAUUUUACGUAAUGGACGCCGUUAUGUUUGCAAAAUGCGCUCCAGAAACAAAGCAGCUACGUCCAGUAGAGGAACUGGACCAAGCUCUAAAAGAAUGCAAGUUCGGAAAGUUCCACCUGAGGCUUCUCCUCACGUCUCUCGUCAGGAACAUUGCUGGGAACUUGGUCCAUACCAGCACACCCUUCUUACUGACCAGUGCGGAAUGCGACCUGAACAUGGACUUGGUGGAUAAAGGACUACUUAAUGCUAUGCCUUACGUUGGAAUGGCAAUCUCGGCAGUGGGAGCAGGAUUUCUAACCGACACAUUUGGGAGAAAAAAAUUCAUCCUUUGCGGUUACUUUGGGAUAUUCGUUAUGAUGUCUAUAGCUGGAUGCAGUCAAACAUAUUCCAUGUUGGUCAUCGCAAAAUUUUUUGAAGGAUUUUUAUUCGGAAUAGCUCACACCGCAUCGGUGACUCUCAUGUCAGAGUUCUGUCACCAAGGCAUUCGGGACCAGAUCAUGCUGUGUCAGUUCUCUUUCGUCUCGCUCGCACAGGUGUCAAUCGCCCUUAUGUCGUGGGGGGUGCUUACGCAGGAGUGGCGGUAUACGAUAUUCAAUGGAUACUUAGCGUUCAAUACCUGGAACUUUUACCUAAUAAUAAUGGCGCAAUGGAGCUUCCUUGCUUGGCUUCUUCAGCUAUUUAUACCGGAAAGCCCGAAGUAUUUACUCACACAACACAAAUACGAGGAGGCUCGUGAAAUUUUGAUAACCAUUUACAAAGAAAACACUGGGAAAUCGGCGGAAACGUUUCAGUACGUCAAUUUAUGGAAAAACAUGAAAAGAACAGAAGACGAGCCAAAACAACCAGUCUCAGGAUUUAGUCACCAUCUGGUGAUGGGACUUCGAAACGUUAAGCUGAAAUUUACGAAGCCCUUGGCCCUAAGGCUGACCCAGCUGUGUAUGGCAAAUGUGAUGAUUUUAUCAUUAUACAAUGUCCUCCGACUCUGGUUUCCCCAAAUCUCGACAAUCGUUGAACACUACUCAGACAAAGGGGCAGACCUGUGCGUCAUGCUUGACUCGUAUACUGAGGACCUGAAGACCAGGGCUGCCAACACAAAUGGGUCUGACGUGUGCAUACCGAUAAAAAGCGGCCCUGAAACCUACAUCAACAGCGUCAUAAUUGGUUUGGUCUGCUUUCUCCCGUACUGCAUCAACGGGGUGCUGGUGAAACGACUUGGGAAGAAGCCCCUCUCCUUAGGCGGGGGUGUGAUAGCCAUUGGAGGAAUCCUCGCCCUCCGAUGGGCCAGUUCGAAGACGGCUGUGGUGUCACUCUUCUCAAUAAGUGCUGCUGUUCUGCAGUCUAUGACUACCAACAACUUUGUUUUCACGAUGGAAAUCUUCCCGACUUCUAUAAGAGCAUUCGCGACCUCAAUCGUCAUGACGAUGGGUCGCUUUGGCACACUGAUUGGGAACGUGUCGUUUCCUGUGCUCCUCAAUAUGGGGUGCAGUGUACCCUUCUUCACGAUGACGGGACUUAUGGUUUGUGUGGUAAUAAUAUCCUGUUUCUUGCCAGGGAAAAAGAAACAGUGUAUGCAAUAACUGAGGACCAGAGUAGAGAACAAUGCGGUAUUUUAAGAUAUAGUCUGGUCGCUGAUCACGUAGAUUUUUGUCCAUUGACCUCAAGCUACCCAUCCUUAUCGCUCGUAUACUCACUGCGGGCGCCCGUCGCACAGUCGCGACAGCAAUAUAAUUACGCGCGAGCGAUAAGGAUGGGUAGCU